UUCGCCCUCUCACUUGAAAGCUGUGUCCUUUCUUCCCCUCCUUUUCAACCGAUUUUUGGCUAUUUUUUCCGAUCACCAAGGGAAAAACGGAAGAAAAACGAAUUUUUAGUCGAAUCCAGCGCUGGGAAAUUUUAGCUGUUUGCUCCGUGGUUAUGAUUUAGGUUUUUUUAUCACCGGAAUCCGUUUGCAAGUUGGCAUUUUUUUGGGUAGUUUUUUUAGAGAACUUCAUCUGUUCUAGGGUUUGUUUGUAAGGUUUACUGGGUGUGCUUUAUGAAUCCAUGAACUCUUGUUUAUGUACUUAAAAAUUGGAUUUUGGUGAAUUUUAUUGAGCUCUUCGUUUUUUUUUUUGUGUGUGUGUGAUUGUUGAGAGCUUACGGGGGUGGAGAUCUGUAGCGGUUUGCGUUUGAAUCCUCUGGGUUUUUGGCUUAAUAAAAUUUAGUGUCUUUGCUUGGAGACGUCGGGUUCUUUGUUGGGUUUCAUGGGCAUGUGGGUAUUCUCUCAUUUAGAAUGUUUGGGGGAGAGGUGGGAGAGCAUUAUUGCCGUCGGAAUGAUCAAUUUCGGUUGUCUUCCAUUACGAUUUGAAGUCGGAAUUCUGUGAAUUUGCUUGCAGAACUACUGGGGUCCAUAAAGGAGCGAGCUUUCUGCAUUCUUUGGGUGCUGGUCGUAUUGCGUUAGAUUGGGAGUUAAUAGGAUCUUUUUUUUUUGGUGUUCUGAUCUCCGAGUUGGUGCAAAGGCUUUCUUGUUGGUGGUUGGUGUCGAUGAAGAUGACUGCAGGGACUGAUCUCUCGUCUCCUUUGAGCGUUUUGGAUGGCGGGUUCAUGAGCAAGGACGCUGGUAGUAGUGAGACUUCCCUAGAUGGGCAGGAGGACUUUGACACUCCAGCAGCCACCAGGCCAAUAAACGCCGGGAAGCCGCCUCGACACCUCUCGGCGAUUCGGCAUUGCGCGAGCACCACCCGGUUGGAGAUUGCAGCUGAAUCAGAGUUGGAUAUUGGGGGUUUGAGUUUGAAGUCUUCCUCUGACAGACAGUCAGGGUUCUUUCCUGUUUUCCGGUCUGGAAGCUGUGCCGAGAUUGGCCUGAAACAGAGGAUGGAAGAUGAGCACAUCUGUGUAGAUAAUUUGGUAGAUCAUCUUGGACGUAUUGCCAAUGUUCCAUCACCAGGGGCUUUCUAUGGGGUGUUUGAUGGCCAUGGUGGCGCCGAUGCAGCAUCUUUCAUCCGGAGGAACAUACUAAGGUAUAUAAUUGAAGAUGGUCAUUUCCCCAAUUGCAUGGAGAAGGCCAUAAAGAGUGCAUUCUUGAGAGCUGACCAUGCCUUCGCCGAUGCCCAUUUGCUCGACAGUACAUCUGGCACCACGGCACUCACUGCCCUUAUUUUUGGGAGGACAUUGCAUGUCGCCAAUGCUGGUGAUUGCCGAGCUGUAUUAGGAAAGCGGGGCCGAGCUGUUGAGUUGUCCAGAGACCACAAACCCGACUGUGACAGCGAAAGGAUUAGGAUUGAGGAACUCGGCGGUGUCGUCUAUGAUGGAUACCUGAAUGGCCAGCUAUCUGUAGCCAGGGCUCUUGGUGAUUGGCACAUGAAGGGUCCCAAAGGUUCUGCAUGCCCAUUAAGUGCAGAGCCUGAGCUGCAGGAGACAACUCUGACCAAUGAAGAUGAGUUCCUGAUAAUGGGAUGUGAUGGCCUCUGGGAUGUGAUGAGCAGCCAAUGUGCUGUGACAAUUGCCAGGAAGGAGCUCAUGACCCAUAAUGAUCCUGAGAGAUGCUCAAGAGAGCUGGUUCGGGAGGCGCUCAAAUGCAAUGCACGCGAUAAUCUGACCGUCGUGGUUGUCUGUUUUUCACCUGAUCCGCCCCCUCGUAUCGAGUUCCCGAGAUCCAGGGUUCGCAGAAGUAUAUCCACAGAGGGCUUGAACUUCCUCAAGGGGAUCCUAGACGGCAAUGUUUGAUAGAGAAGAGAUGGUAGCAUGUAAUUCUCCUUGGUUUUCUUUUCCUUCCAUCUGAAGGUCUUCACCUUGUAUAAAAUUGAGGCUUCUUGCAUUUGGUGGCAUCUGGCCUUCUCUAACAGGAAUAAAGCUUCUUGUAAUGUAAUUUUUUUUUCAAUCUUUCUUUUUCCAAUUCUGUGUUCUUUUACGAGCUUGAAAGCUAAUAUUUGCA